AUGAAGACGAAGCCCAUGUCGCGAGAACAAGACGUAGCCGCAAAGCAAAGCGUGCGCAGGCAUCGCAGCCACAACAAGGCAGUACAGCCACCCCCGCUGUGUUCGAGAAGCGACUGGCUCGCUCCGUCGCGAGCCAACUUACGAAAGACCACACGCGCCCUCCACCAACGCCUGUACUUGAUUGAUAAGCAAGUGCAGUCUCCGUUACAUCAAACGUUUGCCGUGGUCGGAAGCACAGGCAAUGUCUACCCUGUGUCGAUUAAAGCAGUGCCUUCAUGCACCUGCCCCGAUUUUCUCAAGGGCAACCUGUGCAAGCACAUCCUGUUCGUCUGGCUGAAAUGCCUACGUCUGCCUGCGUCAAGCCCGCACGAGUUGCAAAAAGCGUUGUUGACGACCGAAUUGCGCGAAAUUUUUGAGGCAGCUACCAAAGUCGAACCGACGUUGGCGGUGAUCGCCACUGAAACAAUUGUGGACCGCUAUCGCGCUGCGACCGCGAAGUUGGCUGCCGGCAGCGACGACGAGUCGGACGGUGUCCAGCAGAAACCCCUGGAAGACUCGGAUUGCCCUGUCUGCUUUGAAGCGCUCGCGGACGGGCGACCGGUGGUGUGGUGCAAAGAGCAAUGCGGCAACAACAUCCACGCCGAGUGCUUCACCCAGUGGGAAAAGUCGCGGCGCGCCCUGGUUGCCCAGCUCACGUGCAUGUACUGCCGAUCCCCGUGGCCUGUGGCCGAUGGAAUGACGUCUUUACGCGGCGACGAAGGGUAUGUUAACGUUGCGACGGCGACCAACUUGUCCCGACAUCGAGGUUGGUCCUGUCCUUUCAACGUUCGCUGA